AUGGCUUUACUCGAGCUGCUGGACCAAUUGCCAGCUGAGGUACUCCUCAUAUGGCACGAGCAUCGGCUCCCCAUCCUACUGUCUGCACUAGUAGUAGCGACCAUCGCGCGCCUUGUCAUAUAUGCGCGCGACCGCGACCAGAGAGAGAAGCUCUCUGUAUCACCCGCUCCUUCCUCGCCGAAGAAUACCGUCGAGCUUAAACCGGAAUGGCUGCCCGAAUACACCACGACGCUCAACUCUGCCAAGCUCAAUGUCGAUAACCACGCCGAGGAUGACACAAGGGCAGUGGCUGCCGUCGCCGAGACGAAGAAGGGCCCCAAAAGAGUCAAGGGCAGGAAGGUACCGAAGAAGGUGGUCGCAGCUCCUGCAUUUGACCAUAAGACGGAUAGGAUCCAGCCCUUGAUCUUCUUCCAAUCGCUGUCUGGGACGACUGAACGUUACGCUACGCAGUUCGCGCAAGUCCUGAGCGAAUGGACAAGGGGAUGCGAUCAAUCCAAGUCCUUCCUAGAGCCCCAGACGCUCGAUAUAUCCUACAUUGAACACGACGACUACUUCAUCAGCCCACCGAAAACCGACGCGAACGUCAAAUACUUUUAUAUCAUCCUCGUACCGACCUACAACAUUGACACUGUCUUGGACGUCUUUGUGGAAAGCUUGCAGGAAACACACAACGACUUCAGAAUCGAUACGGCGCCAUUGAGCGCUUUGCUAGGAUACGCCGUGUUUGGUUUCGGCGAUAGAGAAGGAUGGCCGACUGAAGAAGAGGGCUUCUGCAGCCAAUCGAGAGAGGUGGACAAGUGGAUGGCCAGGCUGACUGGCAGGAAGAGAGCAUACCCACUUGGUAUGGCCGACGUCAAGACCGAUGCUGAGCAGAUGCUACAAGAUUGGAGGAUAGGUGUUCAGGACGCGCUCGUGGAGAUCGCCGAAGGACGAGGACUCGGUGACGGUGUCCCGGGUAGCGGAGAUCCCAUUGAGAGCGACGAAGAGGAUAUAGAGGAUGGGAACGACCAAAAUACACGCGUAGACGAUGUUGAAGACUUAGGCUCGAUGGUGAACGCUCCAAUUCCGGUCGACUUUACCACCUACAAGAAUUCCGCAACCGCUCCCAAGGCCUCAAUAUCCCGUCAGACUCCCAAGGAGAUGGUUCCUACUACCUCUCCCACGUAUGCCGCUCUUACCAAGCAAGGUUACAGCAUCAUUGGCUCUCAUUCGGGCGUCAAGAUCUGCCGAUGGACUAAAUCUGCUCUGCGUGGCCGAGGCUCCUGCUACAAGUACUCGUUCUACGGUAUUGCCUCUCACCUAUGCAUGGAAGCGACCCCGUCUCUUUCAUGCUCCAACAAAUGCGUCUUUUGCUGGCGACACGGCACCAAUCCAGUCGGCACCACGUGGCGCUGGAUAACCGAUGCUCCGGAUCUGAUAUUCGACGGCAUCACAGCAGCACAUUACAAGAAGAUCAAGAUGAUGAAGGGAGUCCCCGGUGUCCGAGCCGAGCGUUUCAGCGAAGCCAUGCGCAUUCGUCACUGCGCCCUGAGUUUGGUCGGCGAACCAAUCUUCUACCCACACAUCAACGAGCUUCUCGGUAUCAUGCAUCAGAAUCGCAUCUCCACGUUCCUUGUCUGUAACGCUCAGCACCCAGCUCAACUAGCUUCUUUGAUCCCAAUAACCCAGCUCUAUGUCUCGAUUGACGCAUCAAACAAAGACAGUCUUCGUAAGAUUGAUCGACCUCUUCACCGGGACUUCUGGGAGCGCUUCUGUGCUUGUCUAGAUAUCCUCCGUAACCGGCGAUUCGAGCAACGCACUGUGUUCCGCCUAACACUGGUCAAAGGCUUCAACAUGGCCGAGGAGGUGCGUGGCUACGCUGACCUCGUCGAACGUGCAUUGCCUGGCUUUGUCGAAGUUAAAGGCGUCACAUACUGCGGUACCUCAGCUGCAGGGUCUGCAGGCCUCACUAUGCAGAACGUCCCCUUCUACGAAGAAGUUGCCGAAUUCGUGACAGAACUUGAAAAGGAGCUGAACAACCGCGGCCUGACCUAUGGUAUCGGCGCCGAACAUGCGCAUUCGUGCUGUAUUCUGCUAGCCGACCGCACGAGGUUCAAGAAGAAUGGCAAGUGGGCGACAAGGAUAGAUUUUGAGCGCUUCUUUGAUCUCUAUGAGGGCAAGGUACAAGGGACGAGAAUGGAGGAAGGACAAGUAGUAGGCUGGAGACCGGAAGACUAUGUUGGCGACGAGACGCCAGAGUGGGCGCUCUGGGGAAAUGGUGGAUUCGAUCCUAGAGAUGCGAGGGUGUAUAGGAAGGGCAAGGGGCCCAAGGGCGACGAUGCAGAGCAGAGCGCGAUGGAAGGGCAGGCCACUGCGGCUGCGUUGGAGUUCUGA